AUGUGGCUGGCCCUUCUUACGUAUCACCUUGCCACACUUUUUCUCGCCCAAUGUCAAAAUCCAUGCAUCGGACACCCCACAUUCAAGAGUCCAGAUAACUCAGACAUUGAGGUCCUCUGUGGCUCUCAGAAUGUGGAUCUCCAGAUCCUCCUGUGUCCCAUCUACUUCAAUGGAUACAAUGAGUCACUGCUGGCCCUCAACUCAGAGCACUCCAAACAUCAGUGUAAAGGGACUCCGGACUGGUCGGUGGACCCGCCCGUUGUCAGAUUCAACUUCUCCAUCACAGAGGAGGCCAUUUCUGCCUGCUCCAGCCAGCUGACAGUCACUGAGGAGGCGGGAACAGGACUGUUUGCAGACUUCUCCCAUGUCCAGUACAUAACCAUCUCAGGCAUGAUUUGCUCUACGGACCCCACCACAGGAGCCAUCACCUAUCACCAAGAGGUGAUGUACAGGUUCUCUUGCCGCUACCCGCUGCAGUACCUGGUCAACAAUACUCAGAUGAGCGUGUCUGGGGUCAGUCUGGCAGUCAAAGACAAUAACGGAAGUUUCGUCAGCACACUGAGCAUGCGACUCUAUGCGGACGAUAGCUACUCUUCCGUGCUGCAGAUUCCACCAGUGGGCCUGGAGCUAAAGACCAGGAUCUUUGUAGAAGUAAAGGCGUCCAACCUUACAAACAGGUUCAACGUGCUCCUAGACCGAUGUUACGCCACAACCUCACCUUUCCCCGUCAACACCUCAUAUCAUGAUCUCUUUGUUGGGUGUAACCGAGAUGGCCAGACAAUAAUGGGAGUCAACGGACAGCAGCAGGAAGCACGCUUCUCCUUUGAGGCUUUCCGCUUUAUCCAAAAUUCAGACACAACUUUCUCCAUGUACUACGUGCACUGCGCUACCAGGCUCUGUGUGAACUCCUUCUGCCCAAACCUCGUCCAGAACUGCACCAACUCGAGGAGGCGCCGAAGUGUCAGCGACAACCAGGGCACCAAAGUCAGCGACAUGGCCACCAUCACCUCAGGCCCCAUCACUACCCGCCUAGACAACGGGAAUCUGAUGACAUCUGGAGGUGCUCAGCAGACUCAUAUGAACAGCAGCAUGCUGGCUGUUUCAGUCAUGGCAGGCAUCGUCGGAGCCAUCUGUCUUACUCUAGUGGCUUUCAUUGUUCACCAGAUGUACAACUCUAAAAUCAGUUCCAACAAGACAAUCCUGUACCCACAACAGUGA